CUUUAAAUAGUUGUUUUCGAAUAAAAAGACUUUAUGAAUUACACAAAUUUCAUUUAAGAAAAGUCACUGACAGUUCACCUAAAAUGUGUCUGAACGUUGCUAGCAAGAAUUUGAAAUUGAGGAUCGCUCGCUCGAUUUUCUCCGCGUGUAAAUCCGCUUAGCAGCCAACUUUUAUGACCCUUGGGUCCGGUGACCCUAUAGUAGCAGUCUGAUCUCUGCGUCUGUGUUCCGCUUAAAACGCUUGAUGCGACAUCGUUUCGAGGCAGUUGCUAUCUAGAACCCCCGUCGCAAUGUUCUGGCUCGGUUUCGGUCUCCUGUCGGUCGCAUUGACCCUAUAUCUGCUUUAUGUCUUCGAGCGCCAACGAAGGAUCGACUGCCUCACUCACAAUUGGCCAGCUCCACCGGCCCUGCCGAUCAUUGGGCAUCUCCACAUCCUGGCCAAGCUGGUGGGACCGCAUCCUUUGCGCCGCGCCACCGAAAUGAUCACCAAUCAUCUGAAGGAUCAUCGGGGGAAACUUUGGAUGGGCACCAAGCUCUACCUCCUGGACUGCAAUCCCAAGGACAUUCAGGCUCUGUGCAGCGCUCAGCAGUUGUUGCAGAAGACCAAUGACUACGCGGUGUUUGAGAACUGGCUCUGCGAGGGUCUCUUCACGAGUGGUUUCGAGAAGUGGUCCCAUCGCCGGAAGAUUAUCAUGCCGGCCUUUAAUUACGCCAUGAUCAGGCAGUUUGUGGGGGUCUUCGAGCGGCAGUCGCGGAUUCUUCUGUCCAGGGUAACGGAGUUCGCAGAAUCCGGGGAACCGUUGGACUUCCUCAAACUGAUCAGUUGCUUCACGCUGGACACUAUUUGCGAAACUGCCCUCGGGGUAUCUGUGGGUUCUCUCUCAAAUGAUAAAUCGGACUAUCUCGAUGCAGUGAAAGAGAUCCUUGUGAUCAUCGAUGCACGGUUAAAGAACAUUUUCUACCGCAGUUCUUUUAUAUUUCGACGCACAUCGCAUUUUAAACGAGAACAGGAGUUACUGUUAACACUUCAUGGUUUCACUGAGGGCAUUAUCCAAAAGCGAAUGGAUGAGAUCAGUCAGGAUGCGGAGAAUUACAAUUCCCAGACCACUAAGAAUGCAGAAAUGGAAGGAGGCAAGCGAACGCUCUGCUUUCUAGAUAGUUUGCUCCAGGCCAAAGGACCCACUGGCCAACCUUUGACCGUCAAGGAUAUUCGCGAGGAAGUGGACACCAUUAUAUUCGGGGGCUUUGAUCUCACUGCCACCACUUUGAAGUUCUUUAUGUACAACAUGACCCUUUAUCCGGAGCACCAGGAGCGUUGCCGCGAGGAGGUGUGGUCGGUGUGCGGCAGGGACAAAAGCGAACCCAUCUCCAUGGAGCAGGUGCGUCAACUGGAGUUCCUAGAGGCUUGUGUGAAGGAGACGCUGAGAAUGUAUCCUUCGGGUCCACUCACGGCCAGGAAAGCCACGGCUAACUGCCAAAUAAAUGAUUUCUUCAUACCCAAGGGCAGCGAUGUGAUCAUUUCCCCAAUUUACAUGGGUCGCUGCAAGGAUUUCUUUCCGGAUCCGUUGGUCUUCAAGCCUGAUCGCUGGUCCAGUGGAGCGGAGCCCAAGAUCGAGGCCACCACUUUUAUACCAUUCAUGGCUGGAGCACGGAGUUGUUUGGGCCAGCGAUAUGCGAUGGUGAUGCUCAAGGUGGUUUUGGCACACCUGCUUAGGAACUUUCUAUUCGAGCCCCUUGGCGAGCGCCAGGUGAAAAUGAAACUUAACUUUGUCAUCACCCUGCACACCGUUGAUCCCUAUCUUUGUAGAGUCAAGAAAAUCGAUUGAGGCUAGGCAGAAGUCUAUUGACUUGGCCAAGGUCUUUGACAAUAAAGUUAGCUAAUUUACUAGAUACUA